GUUUCUAAUUGCAACUGCAAAUUCACCAGAAAAUGGAGUUUGAUUGUAAAAGGGAAGAGGAAUGGUUGCUGUACUUCUCGGAAGUUUAAACUGACUUUAGGAAUUAAAACUGUUUGUUUGUCUGCCAAUCUCUUCCUCUUUGUGAAAAGCUUAAGGCUUUUGGUUUUGUAUGAUGUAACAGGUGAUGCGCUGCACAGUUUGAGAGCUAAUCUCAUUGAUCCAAACAAUGUAUUGCAAAGCUGGGAUCCUACACUUGUUAAUCCGUGUACUUGGUUUCAUGUAACGUGCAACAACGAGAACAGUGUUAUAAGAGUCGAUCUCGGGAAUGCAGAACUGUCUGGUCAAUUGGUUCCUCAGCUUGGCCAGCUCAAGAACUUACAGUACUUGGAGCUUUAUAGUAAUAACAUAACCGGGCCUGUUCCAAGCGAUCUUGGGAAUCUGACAAACUUAGUGAGCUUAGAUCUUUACUUGAACACUUUCACUGGUCCAAUUCCAGAUUCUCUGGGGAAGCUAUUCAAGCUGCGUUUUCUUCGGCUGAACAAUAACACUCUCACCGGACCAAUUCCCAUGUCAUUGACUAAUAUCACAGCCCUUCAAGUUUUGGAUCUGUCGAACAAUCAAUUAUCCGGAUCUGUUCCUGAUAAUGGUUCCUUCUCGCUCUUCACACCCAUCAGUUUUGCUAACAACUUGGAUCUAUGCGGCCCAGUUACUAGUCGUCCUUGCCCUGGCUCUCCCCCAUUUUCUCCUCCUCCACCUUUUAUCCCUCCUCCCACUGUUCCUACUCAAGCCGAAGAGGACCCUGAGGUUCACUUGGGGCAGCUUAAGCGGUUCUCUCUACGGGAACUUCAAGUAGCAACCGAUAGUUUCAGCAACAAGAACAUCUUGGGCCGAGGUGGGUUCGGAAAAGUCUACAAAGGCCGUCUCGCUGAUGGAACACUUGUUGCAGUCAAACGGCUUAAAGAAGAGCGCACACCAGGUGGAGAGCUUCAGUUUCAGACAGAAGUGGAGAUGAUAAGCAUGGCUGUUCACAGGAAUCUUCUCAGGCUACGUGGUUUCUGCAUGACACCUACAGAGAGACUGCUUGUGUAUCCUUACAUGGCCAACGGAAGUGUUGCUUCUUGUUUGAGAGAACGUCCACCAUCGCAGUUGCCUCUAGCUUGGCCAAGAGCUUUUGAUCUUGCAAGAUUGGCUAAUGACGAUGACGUUAUGCUGCUAGAUUGGGUGAAAGGGCUUUUGAAGGAGAAGAAACUUGAGAUGCUUGUGGAUCCUGAUCUGCAGAGCAAUUACACGGAAGCUGAAGUAGAACAGCUUAUACAAGUGGCUCUUCUCUGCACACAGAGCUCACCUAUGGAACGGCCUAAGAUGUCUGACGUUGUUCGGAUGCUUGAAGGUGACGGUUUGGCUGAGAAAUGGGACGAGUGGCAGAAAGUUGAAGUUCUCAGGCAAGAAGUGGAGUUUUCUUCUCAUCCUACUUCCGAUUGGAUCCUUGAUUCUACAGACAAUCUUCAUGCUGUUGAGUUGUCUGGUCCGAGAUAA